AUGCAUGACCUGAUUUGGCCUCUUCCUGACUUAACACAUAUAAACAACAUGGCUCACCACAGCCAUCACCAUCACCAUCAUGCUCACCAGCAUAAAAUGACCGUGGGAAUGUGGAAGGAAUGCUGGAACACACCUAAUGUGGAGUUUCAUAACCCACAGCUGAAUGAACUAUUUGUAAAAUACCACCAGAGAAUGCUAACAAGACCAGGUAUGCGGAUUUUUGUGCCUCUGUGUGGAAAGGCUGUGGAGAUGAAAUGGUUGGUGGAUCAUGGAUAUAAAGUGGUGGGAUUGGAGGUAGCCCCUGUCCCUUGCAAGGCUUUCUUUGAAGAAAACGGCAUUCCUUACAAUGUUAAAGAAAUGAAAGGCAUCCAUGGAGAAAAAUACGAGAGUCUUGAUCAGAAGAUAGUUAUUUAUAGUUGUGAUUUUUUCCUUUUCACUGCAGACAUUUGUGGAGAGUUUGAUGGAAUAUGGGAUUGUGGUGGUCUGAAUUCUAUGGAUGUUGAGGACAGAGAAGCAUAUAUUCACAGAAUUCGCACUCUGAUGAGAAAAGGGUGCAUCAACCUGACCGAGUUUGUCAACUUUGACAAGUCCAUGGUAGAUAUUACUUGGAGCAUGACAAAAGAGGAAUUACAGAAGGCGUUUGGUGAGGGAUUCAUUGUAGAAGAUCUCAAUGAGAUGAAAGCUCCGCAAAGACUGAAGAGUCAAGGUUGUGACACACUGAAGCUGUUUGAGAUUACCAGGACCUAGAUCAAUGUGUACUGCAUAAUAAACAUGUAGUGCUGAUAUGGUUUGUUGAUCGAGGCCUGCAAUUGAUAUUAUAAGUACUUUCAUUAUGAAAAGAGCUAGAGUGCAUACCUGUUAGAUUUGAUAUGUGAAUCAUUGUGAUAGAUAGUACAGACAGACAAUUUAAACUUUAAAUUUUCAUUUUCAGAAAUUAAUUGGAUGAUUGUAUCAGGUAGUAGAUGUUUGUUUUUUUUAUCAUACAGGGAAACUAUUUAGGUCAAGAAAUGUCAAUGCAGUAUAUAAAACCUUGAUACUUGAACAGUUGAAUUAUGAAGGAGUUCAUGCUGGUAUUUAAAAACACAAACAGCCAUAAAGUUUACUAUCUUCAUAAAAUUGCCUUGAUGAUUUUUUACUGCUCAAUUGUUGUGACUAUAUUAAUGCCAGAUUUUUUUAUUUGUCAAUGAGACAUGAAUUGCUUUUGGAGUUUUUUAUAAUACCAGUCAGGGACCAGAAGAAAACCAUUAGAUGUGUGAAUACAAGUAUUUGUGCGAUUGAGUUGUUUUUAUUUUUUAAAAUAGUUCCCAUUUUAUUACCAAUUGCUAACCAGGCAGUACUCAGGAUACUUUUUGUUGCCAUGGAAAUUUAAGCAUAAUUACUCCACUAAUAUUUUGCUUUUUUUUUUGGGCUGUGGUAUAACUAUCCACUCUUUGUUGUUUAUUCAUUAACAUUAAGCAUUUCUUGCUUUGGUUUGUCAUGUCUAAAUCUUUUUGUUUAGAUGUUUUUUGUGGUUAUUUUUCGCAAUUUUAAGGAAUUUAAUAUUUUGUUUCUUUAAUGAAUGACUUAGCCAAACGAGGCUUUCUUUGUCUUGAGUGAUUACCACUGCAGCAUUUUUUUGAGAGCUCUGCUUCACUCUAUACAUGUAAUAUAAUUUUCAGUUUUCAAUGAAAAUGCAUUCAGAAUCAUGUAUGACUAAUUUAUAUAUAACUUUAUUUUUUCAUCUUUAAUAUUGAGCUAUAUAAGGCCAUAUAUUAAUUAAAUGAUUUAAAAAUAUGUGCCAUAUUAGUAUUAUUAGCACGCAAUAGUGAAUCAAUGUUGUUACAUUUAUUUGCCUAUCUUUCUUAUCCGUACAUUAUUUUUUUUUUCAAUAAAGUUUAUCAGUGGCUCCCUAUUAUUUUUUUUAUU